AUGGGAUCACUUGGAGAAUUAGAGUCCUCGGAUCGCAGGGGAGGUCUCUGUCGUGAAGACCCUGUCAUGAAUUUGACCAGUACACUGGCCAGUUAUGUUCAGCAUCUCGAAAGAGAACACGCCCAAUCCCCAUCACUGAAGACACAGACUUGCAAUGAUGUCGCAGAAAAGUCGAACAUUGUCGCGCUCUGCAAUAAGGUCAUCGCCAUGACCAUGGACCCGGAGAUGUAUCUCUUCACCACAUCCUUACAGUUUCACUUCUGCUCGUGCCUGAAAACCGCAGUGGAUCUCAAAGUACACGAACAUAUUCCCCGGCAUGGAGCAAUCGGUAUUCAACAACUCGCCGGGGCUGUGGAUGCCGACGAAACGCUAUUGAGGCGAAUCAUAAGGAUGCUGGUGAACAAGAGCGUAUUUGCCGAACCGGAACCCGGAUACUAUGCCCACACCCCGGCCUCCUUGGUUAUCUGCGCGCCAAACAUGACGGAUCUUCUCAGCCAUAGACUGGAGGAUGGGUUCCGAGCUGCCAGCCGACACGCAGAGGCACUGGCGAAGUUACAAUAUCGGGAUCCUACUGCGGAGGAUGUUCUCGGCUUUCAGCUAGCCUUUUCAACUACCAAGAAUUAUUGGGACUAUGUGGAGGAGGAUGACCCUGAGUGCGGACAGCGGUUCUCCAAGGCGAUGCGGGCAGUGACAGUCAACAAACUGGGCGAUGUUCCCAAGCUGUAUCCAUUUGACAGGCUUGUCGACGAUGGCGGAGUGAUUGUUGAUGUUGGUGGCGGAAUGGGGCAGGUUGCGCAGAGCAUCCUCUCUCACUGGCCUGGACUCGGGUUGAAAUGUAUUGUUCAAGAUAAGUUUGCAUGCAGGAGUGGUAGCACGCAUCCCGACUUGGAGAUGCAAAGUUAUGAUUUUUUCAGUCCACAGCCGGUUAAAGGUACGGCAAGCCCCCAUCUCCCCAUUUCCUUUAGUGAUCGUGACGGAUUACCGCCACAAUAUGUGUCUCUGAACUCACCGUUAUUAGGAGCCGCGGCGUAUCUCUUCCGUCAUAUAUUUCACGAUUGGCCGGAUGAUGCCUGCAUAAAGAUCCUGAAGAACACCGUGGAGGCGCUUGACUCUGAUCGGAGUCGAAUACUCAUCUGCGACCAGAUCAUGGAGGAAAAGAAUCCGUCCACGGCGGCCGUGCUUUACGACAUCGAUAUGAUGUGUUUGUACGGCGGCAAAGAGAGGACCUUGUCGGAAUGGGAGGCAUUGUUGAAGGCUGCGGACCAGAGAUUGGAAAUCAAGAACGUAUUCAGGAGCCCUAAUCAAGUCUCAGGUAUUCUUGACGUGCAGGUUUGCUGCGAUUAG